UCCCUGUGGUACUUUUUGCUUCCCAACUGCAAUAGCUGUACUUCAUACAGCUGAUGGCUGCCUCCUUCAGGGAGCAUUAGCAGUCUCGACACCGAAGCCCUCGCGUUCCCACUCUUUCUGCCUCAGUUCUGGCUAUGCCUGAAUCCCUCACCGGAGUCGGGUGGCGGAGGAGAGGGAGGGAAGCCUAUGCCAGCGGUACCCGAGCGCACUUCCGCCUCAGGGCUCCGGAAGGUAGAGCGCACGCGCUUGCUGCGACUCCGGAGCGACUCACUUCCGUUCCCACUGUGCCCUGCGAGCCGAAUCAUGGAUCACACUGACAAUGAGUUACAAGGCACUAAUAGUUCUGGAUCCUUGGGUGGUCUUGAUGUUCGCAGAAGAAUUCCCAUAAAACUCAUCUCCAAACAAGCCAACAAAGUGAAACCUGCAGCUCGAACUCAAAGGACUAUUAGCAGGAUGCCUGCAAAGGCCCCACCAGGUGAUGAAGAAGGAUUUGAUUAUAAUGAAGAGCAACGGUAUGACUGUAAAGGGGGUGAACACUUUGGAAGUCAGCGAAGAUUUCCAGGACACCUUUUUUGGGAUUUUAAGAUAAACAUCUUAGGUGAAAAGGAUGAUACACCAGUUCAUUUCUGUGACAAAUGUGGAUUGCCUAUUAAAGUCUAUGGGAGAAUGAUUCCAUGCAAGCAUGUCUUUUGCUAUGACUGUGCUAUUUUACAUGAAAAAAAGGGAGAUAAAAUGUGUCCAGGCUGUAGUGAUCCUGUGCAGCGGAUUGAGCAGUGUACACGAGGCUCUCUCUUCAUGUGUAGCAUUGUUCAAGGUUGCAAGAGAACGUAUCUGUCUCAGAGAGACUUACAAGCUCAUAUCAACCAUCGCCAUAUGAGAGCUGGGAAGCCUGUUACCCGUGCUUCACUUGAGAAUGUUCAUCCUCCUAUUGCCCCUCCUCCAGCCGAGAUCCCCGAUCGUUUCAUAAUGCCGCCGGACAAGCACCAUAUGAGCCAUAUUCCUCCCAAGCAGCACAUCAUGAUGCCGCCACCUCCUCUGCAGCAUGUGCCACAUGAGCACUACAGUCAGCCACACGAGGAUAUCCGUGCUCCUCCGGCGGAAUUGUCCAUGGCUCCACCUCCACCUCGUUCGGUCAGUCAGGAAACCUUUCGUAUUUCAACAAGAAAACACAGCAAUUUAAUAACUGUCCCUAUUCAGGAUGACUCAAGUUCAGGUGCUAGAGAACCACCACCUCCUGCCCCAGCGCCUGCUCACCAUCAUCCUGAAUAUCAGGGCCAACCAGUGGUAUCGCACCCUCAUCAUAUUAUGCCUCCACAGCAACAUUAUGCACCACCCCCACCUCCUCCACCACCAAUAAGCCAUCCAAUGCCACAUCCUCCCCAGGCCGCAGGUACUCCUCACUUGGUGUAUAGCCAAGCUCCACCUCCACCAAUGACCUCUGCUCCACCACCAAUAACCCCUCCCCCUGGACAUAUUAUUGCUCAGAUGCCACCUUAUAUGAAUCAUCCUCCUCCAGGACCCCCCCCACCUCAGCAUGGUGGUCCACCUGUAACUGCACCCCCUCCUCACCAUUACAACCCUAACUCUUUACCCCAGUUUACUGAAGAUCAAGGAACUCUGAGCCCUCCAUUUACACAACCAGGAGGAAUGAGUCCUGGUAUAUGGCCUGCACCAAGAGGUCCACCACCACCUCCACGAAUGCAGGGCCCGCCUUCUCAAACCCCACUACCUGGACCACAUCAUCCAGAUCAGACAAGAUACAGACCAUAUUACCAGUGAUAAUAGUGUUUUGAACUGAAGAUAUGACAAGGAAAAAGAUUAGUCAAUCUUAUAAUUAAGCUUUGUUGGGGGAAGGAAAAAUACCUCUUGAGGUGGCUAUAAAACACAAAGUCUUGUCCCGUAAAAUGGUUUUAAAUCUUGACCUUAGGAUUGCUUUCAGAUACUAUACUGUAGUGCAGAGCAGUGGCUUGUUGAGCACAAUGUAUCUUAGCAACUGUUAUUUUGGUGUGGUGAAUUGACCCUGAAGUGACCAUUUGUAAAAAAAUUGAAAAAUUUUCACUGUUCCAUUUUCAAAAUACUGCUUUUAUUAAACCCAGUGUUUAGUUUUUCUUGUGAUGCAUUUUGUUAACCUAUAUAAAGGAUUAAAUUUCAA